AUGAAUAUUUUGCAAUCGAAAUAAAGUUAAGACGGUUUAGAGACAACAUGUAAAAUUCACAAUUUGGAAUUUAUUGCUGUUGACUUGGACAUGUCAGAUAAAUCAUAGAUUAAGUUUUUUUGUGGUAAAUGUUUAGUUGAUAAAUUAAAUAAUAAUAAAGUGACAACAAUUGAGUAAUCAAAAGAAAGAAUAACAUAAAUGAAGACUUAAUAAUAAGAAAUAAAGAUUAAAGAGAAUCAAACAAGACUAAACUAUUAUAAGAAUAUUUUAGAUUAAAUAAUGGAUUUUAAAAGAACGAUAGAUGAUUCUUUAGAGAAGAUGUAUAAGUAAAUAUAAUAAUAUAUCUUUCCAAUUUAAAAGGAAAAAUAAGAAUUACAAGAAAUUUAAUAUCAAUUCAAUUAUUUUGAAGAUAUAAAAUAAUUAUCAGAAUUCUAUUCUUCAAAUAUGUAGAAAUCAACUAAAUUAAUAGAAGACAACUCUUUUAUCGAUUAAUUAACAAGAUAAUUUGAAUUAUUAUUUAAUAAUGCUGAAUAUUUUUAGACUUAAGAUACAUUUAAAAGUACAAAAUAAACAAUUGAAGAUUUAAUUGAUAAUAAUGUUAUUGAAUUAUAACCAUUAUUAUAAACAAAUAAUGAAUCUGUAAUAUUUCAUUAUUAAUUAAUAGAGAACACCUAGUUUAAGUAGAGUUUGUAUAAAUCAUAAAAAGGAAAUUAUUAUGAUUGAUAUGGAUUCUUAAAAUAAGAAAAUUGAAGAUAGAUUUGUUUGUGUUGAUUGUAUAUCUGAUAAUCCAUAAAUUAAAUAUUAAACAAUUCAAAAUGUUAAUAAAUAAUGGAUUGAUUACAAUUCAUAAUCUUCAAACAUAUUUUUAUAGUAUAAAUAGGAAAAUACACAAAAAAGAUAUGAUUUAUUCAAUUAAAUUGCUCAAAUGAGAAAAAAUUAUAAUUAGAAAUUAAAUGAAAUUAGUGAUAAGUUAAUCUCAGAAUAAUUCUAAUCUAUUAACAAAAGCAAAAAUUCUAAUUAAAUUAAAAGGAUUUCAAUAUAGUCUUUAGAAGAUGAAUAAUUAUUAAUAGAUUUAAG